AUGACGAGGCCAAGUGGGCCCCAUCACAUGGCCGCCAGGUUAAACAAAAAGCCUCUGAGCGAUCGGCCUCGGAGGGCUGAAGCGAAAUCCAGUUCAGCGGCGCAGACAGCCACCACUGUGCAAUUCUGGUCGUCAGACAAAAGACUGAUGCUAUCUAAUAAAGAGGGCUGCAUCCAUCUGAAGCACACAAACACCAGCGACAUCAGUGAAAGGCAGAAAGAGGAAGAGAAUGGGUGUUUGUAA